GAGUUUUGGACUUUUUCCUCAGAAAUUAAGCAAGAAGUGAAGAGAAAGUGUGAAGCGGACCAAAGGAGGAAAGCUAAGUAGACCGGCUAAGAACAACUAGCUACACAAUGUUUCUUUUGUAAAGACUGCUGCCUCAGAUUUGAGCCUGCGAUUGGAUGAAGAUUUAUACGCACCUUCGGACAGCUCGGCUUUUGAACAAAGUGUGCUUGCAGAACCGCAAAGCGUUCGUUAAACCGAACGUCUGAUAAUUACAUUUCGCAACCCACUGAGCUCCAAAGGCACCCAGCUGGUAUCUUAUUAAGAAAGCUAUUGAUUUCUAUGUGACAGAGCACCAAUGAUCACUAUUAAGGGCUUGUGUUAUUUAAUUGAAUUUUCCUUCAUUGAUCUGAAUUGUAGCUGUUGAAGAAUUGGGUUAAUAAGAACCGUGAUGCACUGAGCUUUAUUACAAAAUAAGCAUAAAUGCUUAAUAGUUGCUCUUUUUCGAAAAUAAAAGUUCAAUGUAUAUGAAGCAGCUCCUUCGAAUGCAUCCUGCUUAGUCGGAUCUGGUGGGGUUUGUUGUCCCGAGAGAGUUUAAAGUGUCACAGACGGGCAGCCAGUCGAGGGAAGGAUGUUUGCUGUUGUUCGCACCUAAGCAGAAGCGUUUAACGUGUACGUAGGAGUGCGUGGGAUUGAAUUUUCCUCAAGCACACUGACUCUCUCACCUCACGUUUUCAUGUGCAACCAGUUUUUACCAUUUCAUCCAGCGCACAACGCGCGUGUUUAUCUCACUGAACGCGAUGUGCGCUACACAGUUCAGAGUUUUUGAAAGAUGAGAGACUGACAAGAAACACCUACGUGAAUCUAGAAACUCAAGCAGAAGUUCAAAGCGAAAAGCUCCCGGUGAAAGUGGAACAGGUGGAAAAGCACAAAGCCGAAGUGAAGCACUUAAAAUCGCUCUUUAUGGAUAUGUGAAGGCGUUAAGCAGUCAAACUCUUUUUCGGUAUCCACAGCAGUUGGUUAAAUCUGGGAGAGAAUCAUGGAUCUCACUGUGUGUAGGAAAUGCGCAAAUCAGUAGCAAGAGUCAAGAAUUUCAUCCACAGUUUAAAACACCCGACGUUCAUGAGGGCUUCCGCAGCAAAUAGUUGUGUUUUGAUGAAAUCCCCUGUGUUGACCAAUUGUUGUUUUUAUUUUCCAUCAGAAACAUUGGCAGAUUAGAAUUUGGAAUUGAACUGACACUUCUUGGAAGCUAAAACCUGAAACAAAGCCAUAGAUUUCAGCAAAUACUGUGAGGCAAACGUAAUUUCUGUUCUUGGAAUCCUCCUCCUUGUUGGUCUCUUUUGACCAAGCAUUCAAUCUUUCCAAUUAUCCUUCCAUCACUUUGGAAUAAAACAUUGAACGUCGCGCAGCCACGUACAUGCAGCAUUUACUGAUUUAGGAGUAAUUUGGAUGUAGUCCCAGAAAAGCGCUGGUGGAAGUGGCCUUGAUAAAAGCGUGAGAGCAAGCACAGAAGCGUAAUUUCAUGCUGAAUUCCCUGAAUUAAGCACAUCAAUGGGGACAGGAACAGAAGAAGUGCUGUACUACAACAUUUCACAUCAAGCACAAAUGGACUUUUUUUACAUACUGGAAUUCAUCCGUUUUCACGCUCCACAAUAGACUUGAGAUAUGACAGUUUGGACUUCUUGAGUUUUUUUUUAGUUAGGCAGGAUGAAAUGGACUGUUUGAAAAGCAGAAACGCUGACAUUUAUUAAAGAAAUGAGAAAGGCUUGUUCAUGGGUCUCUGAACCAGAAAUGCUUUGAACUCUGCAGUUCUCCUACUGUGAAGCCGAGUGCGUUUGUUGAACUGCGAAAGCUGACCGAACUGUCUGUGGGGAUCUGGGAUAUGCUGCUUGGCUGAAGUGGCACAGCUGUUGCUCUGAGCAGGGUUCGUGGGUUCAGACGUCAGGAUGGGGUGUAACAUGUGUGUGGUGCAGAAGCCUGAGGAGCAGUACAGGGUCAUGUUCCAGAGGGGGCAGAUAAACGGCAUGCUGUGCUCUUUUAAUGGGGAGGUUGGAAUAAAGGUGAGCAGCAGAGACCUGACGGGGCUGUCUCAGGAGCAGAGCCUGCACGCGCUGCGCUGCCGGAGGAACAUGAGGUGGGGGCCGAGGAGGAGAGCGGCUGCGGCCGGAGCCGCUGCGGGGACGCCGGGGACCGCCGACUGCGUGGACAGCGGGACGCAGACCGAUAUCAGCUUCCAGCACAUGGUGACAUUAGGCAGACCCGUCCAUCACAACAGACCGCCGUCGCCUCCUUCCCCUCCGCUGCCGCCCAUGCCAGAGCCAUACCUCUUCAGCCAGCUCCCUCCUAUUGACCACGUGUACUACGACCCGACGGACUACUUUGACAUUACUCAACAUGAGGUGGACAGACAAGAUGACCUGGAGUAUGAGGAGGUGGAACUGUAUAAAUCUUGCCAGCAAGAUAAACUGGGUUUAACGGUGUGUUAUCGCACUGAUGAUGAAGAGGAUCUCGGUAUCUACGUGGGCGAGGUCAACCCUAACAGCAUUGCUGCUAAAGAUGGCCGAAUCCGUGAAGGAGACAGAAUACUGCAGAUAAACGGGAUGGAUGUGCAGAACAGAGAAGAAGCUGUGGCCAUCCUGACCAGAGAGGACAGCACCAACAUCUCUCUGCUGCUGGCGCGACCAGAUAUUGAGAAUGAGGCAGAUGAUCUGGAUUUGGAGUUGGGCGUGGGCCUGGAUCUAGAGGACUUGGAAAAUGUCUCGAACUCCCCAAGUCCUCAGCACCGCAGAAAAACCAGCUCUGUGUUGAGCGACAUCAAUGGGAUCCGAGCUGGUCGGCCCAACCUAUGGCACACGGCGCUCAAUAACAGCCAGGAGCUGGACAGCGGGGUGGGUCGCACCGAUGAAAGCACGCGCUGUGAAGAGUCCUCCGAGCUGGCUGACGAUGCCACCAGCGCAUGUACAACCAACGCCACCAAUACCCCCGGCAGCUUGCGCAAGUUUCUCGCUGCUCAGCACGGAUGGGAAUUUCACUACAGCAAUGACUCUCUGCUGGGGCCAGAUGGGGUGGGAGUGGCGGAUCACGGGGCCCCAGAGUCACUGGGCUCGGCGACCAGCAGAGCGCUGAUGCCAGGGUUAACCGAAGAGGAAUACGAACGCUACCGAGAGCUACUGGAAAUCCGCUGCCUUUACGAGAAGAACGGAAAUGCACUUUUUCUUUUGGAUGGAAGGAACCACGGCGGAGGAGGUGACUUUGCAGGAGCAGGUGUUCCUGUAGACAUGAAUUGCAAUGAGAGCCUGAUGCAGCACGAGAUUGCCCUUCUCGACGAGGAAAUACGGCACCUGGAGUUUAAGUGGCGCAAUGUUUUGCGGGCUCAGAAGAUGCAGCAGUUGCGCCAGCGCUGCCUAAAAGUCUGGCCAGCUGACGAAGAGGACGAUGAAGAAAAAGGAGCAAAGGCAAGGUGUGGAGGUGCAGAGGCCAUCCACCACGACCUCUCAGAUAUCAAUGAGAUCCCAGAAAGGGAACGCUCUGAUAAAGAGAGCACGAGUGCUUAUAAUACCGGCGGGGAAAGUUGCAGAAGCACGCCUUUGGCGAGCGAGCGAUACCCUUCGCCGUCUGCAGCCGGGGAUUCCAGUGCCUCUGCAACCAUGCGACCUCGGACGCCCCGUCACAGAACAAGCCGGGACAAGAACCUAAAUGUACCGUCAGACGCCAAGAAAAAGAGUGAAGAAACAGUGGACCACAAAACCUCUACUCCAGCACGGCUCCGGAGCGGCGGGAACAGUAGAAAGGGCUUGGAUGGAGCACGAAGGGGGUCGCAUACAAACGGAUCUCUCACUACUGGAAUCACGAAAGGGGGAAGAAGCGCAGAAAACAGCCCAUACCUGUCCCGCCGCCGCUGCAGUACCACGCUGCCUCAGCGCUACCAGAGCUGCAUGCAGUUGAGGGACAUGUCUACAAACGACGGUCCAGAAGUUAGGGACGCCAACGAAGAGGCUCCUUCUCACUCCAAUACCUUAACUAGAGACUCCACAGCUGCAACGUCUUUGAUCGUGCCUCCUCCACUGCCUCCAACGUCUCCUCGAAUGGAGUGGAAGGUAAAGAUCCGGAGCGAUGGAUCGCGUUACGUCGCCAAACGCCCGGUAAGAGAUCGUCUGCUGAAGGCUCGAGCCAUGAAGAUUCGAGAGGAGCGCAGUGGAAUGACCACAGACGACGACGCGGUGAGCGAAAUGAAGAUGGGACGCUAUUGGAGUAAGGAGGAGCGCAAGCAGCAGCUGUUGAGAGCUCGCGAGCAUCGCAGACGCCGCGAGUUCAUGAUGCAGAGUCGACUGGACUUCUUGAGGGAGAAGGAGAAGGAACAAGACUCCGGACCUCAAGGACAGGCUUCCAUACUCGAGCUGAGCCAGAAAAAGAGUAUGAAGAAACGCAGCCGACGCAUCUUGGACAACUGGAUCACCAUCCAGGAGCUGCUGGCACACGGGACCCGCUCUGUAGACGGGAAGAAAGUCUACAACCCUUUGCUGUCCGUGACCACUGUUUAAUAAUUGGUGUGGAAUGAGAAAGAUAUUUGGAUUAGAGAGUUCACAGAUUAUUUGCGACUGUCUGGCGAAGAUGCCUUGCAGUUUAAUCAAGAAAAGUCGAUGAUGAAUAUAAAUGUACGAGACAGAAAGGCUAAUGGCAAAUGAAUGUACAUUUUUCGUAAUUAACACGAACUCUGAGAGCAUCUCUGUUUCUAUACAUUGCUUUACUUUGAUGCUUCAUAUUUCAGAUUCACUCUCAGACUUUUACAACUCUGUGGUGGUCUCGAGCAUUUACAAACCUGCUUAAAACAUGAGUUUCUGUCAUAAACACUUUUCAAACUAAGAACAUUUGUGACCCUGGACCACAAAACAAGUUAAAAGGGUAUUUUUGUUUUAUUUUGAGAUUAAUACAACAUUCAAAAGCUAAAUGAAUAAGCUGUCCAUUUAUGUAAGGUUUGUUACGAUAGGGCAAUAUUUGGAAUCUGAGGGCGCAAAAAAAAAAACGAAAUAGAGAAAAUCACUGGGUCCAAAUAACAUUAACAAUGCAUAUAUGUAGGAAAUUCACAAAUUAUCUUCAUGGAAAAUUAACUUUAAUAUCCUAAUGAUUUUUGCCCUAAAAGAAAAGAAAAUACAGUGUAUUGAUGACUAUUACAAAUAUACCUGUGCUACUUAGGUCAAAUUUUAAAAUAAAAAAGUUAAUUGGUCUGUUGCUUGAACUGACUAAUAGGUAUAUCUCUUUUCAAGACUAGUUAACUGAAGUUAAGAAGCAUAUUAACAUAUUGGCCCAGAUCUAAUAUCUUUUGAAGAGGCAACCUGGUGUUUUGGCUUAAUACGUGUGGGUUUUCUUUACUGGUAAAUGUAAAAAGUUUGCAAAAGAACAAAAAAAGAACAAGGCAUUACUUAACUGUUGACUCAAUGAGUUGUUCACAAUUUUUAAAGCACAUGAAUCCAUUUGAUAAGAACCAAAAAGCACACUGACAAAAAAUACAAAAGCAGGAAUUUUUCAGCACACGUAUAUAGGCACAACAAAAAGUAAUGUUGUCAAACACUGACAUUGUCCAAAGAAAAAUUAUUUGAGUUUAUAUUUUUGUGGUACAUUUGUCAGCACUUAAGGAAUAAAUCAGACUCUAUCGCUCUUACCCCUGGUUUCACAGACCAGGCUUAAGUCUAGUCCAAGACUUAAAUGUAAAUCUGAGCUUUCAACUGAACUGGACUUGCACUGACUGAUCUUAAAACAUGUCAGUGCCUUUGUUUUGUUUAAAAUGCACCAGUAAUGCUCUGGCAAAAAAUUACUUAAAUGUCCUAAUUGAGGCUUAGGCUAAGCCCUGUAAAUAAAACAGGACCUUAAAAUUAUUUUGUUUUCAGCUUGAAACCACAUUUCAAACUGGCUCUUUGAUAUUGUAAAAAAAUUGCAUGUUGUCUGGGAAAUGUUUAAAUUAUGUUGUGUGAAUCUGUCGAGUGACGUUUUUGCCGUGUCUUCUGUAAUUCAUGUCAACAGGACAUUAAUAUAUUGUGUCCAAACGUUCAUUUAACAUCUUGCAGGUCUAAAAUUAAGGAAUUUCUGCUCCUAAAUGUUUUUGAAUAAAACUUUUGCAACUUCAA